AUGGCGCGCGGGAAGGUGGGCGAGUGGAUACGGAAGCGUAAGAUGCCGAGGAAGCUGGCGGCCAAGCGAGAGAGCAAGACCAGCGGGGCGUCGGAACCGAUACUGUCGAGCAAGGCGGCAUGUGAGAGCUGCAGCAGUGCCUCUGGCGGGGCACCGGCACCGACGUCUAGGAAUGCGGCCGUGAGCGGGAGCAGAAAUGGUGCCGGUGCGCUACCGGCGCAUUCGAAGUCUCGGGUGAGCUCCUUCCUGUCGAUGCUUAUGAGGUGGCGGCCGCGCGUGAACGUGAUGGCCGUGCUAUGCGAGCAGGUGGUGUACCACCUGAUGUGGGUGGUGGAGUCUGUGGUGUUGGUUGGGAGGCUCUGCUUCUUCCUCAUGCGCUUCGGCUUCAAGCAGCUCUGA